UGCAGGUGUACCUAAUGAAAUGUCCCCCAGCGUGCUAAAGAAAAAGGUUUGUUGUUUAUGCGCUAAGGUUUAUGCGCUAAGAGCUGUAUGUACGACAAUUGCACACCGAGGAUGCUUCUAAACAUAGACGGAUGGUCGAUGGUCAAUUUUCCUUGCUUCUCUUCUCCCGCAAACGUCUCCAUAUGUCGCAUUUCAAAAAGACACCGCGUCCUGAUGACGUCCACGCUGACACCGCAUCUUGUCCUCCCCCACCUUCGUGUCCGCAUCUCCUCCGCUCUCCUCCGGCAUCCUCGUCCCAGGUCUGGCCGUCCGCUGAUGCUGUAAUCCGGUAAAGACAUUAUGGUACGAAUCGCCAGCGCGUUGGGGCUCGUCAUGUUCAGCGUGGCGUUGCUCAUCCUGUCCUUCAUCAGCUACGUGUCCAUUAAGAAGGAUUUCAUUCUCGGAACUCCCAGAUAUGGACCGAACGGGGGACCCAGGAUGUACAUGUUCCAUGCCGGGUACCGCGAAAGGCCGCCUCGCAAACCUGACCUGAGCUCCCAGCUGGCACUGAAGUAUUUGGAUCCGGCUUUCACACCACUCACUAAUGCUCUUAGUGAGGACCUGCAGAACUCGUCUAAAUGGAGAUACAACAGUACAGCAUUCAUCCAACUGAGGAAAGAGAUCUCUCAGUACAUCGACAUUCCUCGCAACUUCACACUGACCCACGAUUCCGUACGGAUUGGCCAGCUGAUGCAUUAUGACUACUCCAGCCACAAGUACGUCUAUUCCAUCGGCGAGAACUUCCGCUCCCUCCUCCCGGAUGUUUCUCCCAUUCUUAACAAGCGCUACAACGUCUGCGCCGUCGUCGGCAACAGCGGCAUCCUCACCGGCUCCCGAUGCGGCGCCCAGAUUGAGAAAUUCGACUUUGUCUUCCGAUGCAAUUUCGCCCCGACUGAGCUUUUCAAGAGAGAUGUUGGCCGGCGCACCAACAUGACAACUUUUAAUCCGAGUAUCUUGGAAAAAUACUACAACAACCUAUUGACUGUGCAGGACAGGAAUAACUUCUUCCUGAGCUUGAAGAAGCUGGAUGGUGCCAUUCUGUGGAUACCAGCAUUCUUCUUCCACACGUCAGCCACAGUGACCAGAACACUGGUGGACUUCUUCGUGGAACAUCGGGGUCAGCUGAAGGUCCAGCUGGCCUGGCCUGGAAACAUCAUGCAGCACAUAAACAACUAUUGGAAAACCAAGCAACUGUCGCCAAAGCGUCUGAGCACCGGCAUCCUGAUGUACACACUGGCGUCUUCUAUGUGCGACCAAGUCCACCUGUACGGCUUCUGGCCUUUCGGCUGGGACCCUAACACGGGGAAGGAGCUACCGUAUCACUACUACGACAAGAAGGGCACCAAGUUCACCACCAAAUGGCAGGAGGCACAUCAACUACCUGCUGAGUUCAAACUCCUCUAUAAGAUGCACACCGAGGGACUGCUGAAGCUCAGCCUCUCCCACUGCGCUUAGACAUCAAACUGCAGGAGGUGUCCGACUAUUUCAGUUGUCUCAAGCCACAAAAGGAACCGGUCAGGCAAGGACUGAUAAAUGUGGUUUUCACAACAACACGAUCUCGGCAGUACAGUGAAACUGUGCUAUUUUAGCAGAAGACUGCAGAGCCCAUCACUAUCAAGCUGUGUUGGUCAGUCAAACACACACGGGAGCUGCAGCUCUUUAGGUGAUGCUGCUUUCAAAAACCAUUGUGCAUGGCCUUUUGUUCAGUUGUGGGACCUCGCAAUUUGGGCACCAUUGACGAACCUCGGGUGAUAAAUACAACAAUGUAUUUUUUCAGUCAUCCACCAGGAACCAGAAUUACCCAACUACACAAUUAAAAUUUUGGAGUUUAUUAAUGCAGUGUUAAUUUCUGGGCGCGUUUUACAGUAACAAUCAUUACACAACACUUGAAGGGCAAAUAUGUGUUUUCAUAAAAUAUCAAAAGGCCUUUUGUAAGUGUUUAGUGUGUAAUGUUAGACUGCAGUCGAUACCCCGUCAAGAACAGUGAGUAUAAAACUAGCAAUAAUUCAAUGUAGUCUCAUAAUCGUAAUUUCUAGUUACGCAGUUUUCACAUUUUCGCAGUGAAACGCUAUUAAAUAAAUCAAUAUAUAAAAUGUUUUUUUUUUCUGCAUUGAUUUUUCAGAGAUCCAAAAUUCUGGGAAGAACCAAAACAGUAUUUCAAUGUGCAAAUGUCGCAUAACUGGCCAUGACGCAUGUGCUUCUAAUUGUAGUGGAACGCUGUAGGAGAGAACAAUAACACGAGAGACAAAAAAUAUGAAAAACAAAGUAAAUAUGUUUCGAUCAACAAAUGAGCCCUCUUCUGUCGUGUCUUUCUAUUGUUUUUAUGUUAAAACAGUCACUUUGAAACAGUGUCUCUUUUGGGCUCUGAAGACAUGAUGCCAGAUACCUCCUGCUACGUCUUCUUAUUCUCCGACAUGUCAGGUGUGUAUGAGGUGUGUUACGAUGCAUUUACAGACAGUUCCAACUACAAUGUGUUUAUGAGCCAUGGCGAACAGGUAGCACCAAAUCUAUUGGUGGCGGUCCAAAAUUAUUUAUGGCGGUCCACCACAAAUACGGUGGCUAUUGACUCAUCAAUGUAUAAGAAUACUACAUAUCACACCGUGUUUUUCCACACAUUUUGUGGCAUAUCAGUGUUGGCAGAAUGUCAGGAUGCGCUGGGAAUCAUGGUUCAAAUACUGUGGCAGUAUUAGAUGCGGCAAUUGUUAACAUUCAAGUCAUGUGACAUGUAACAAUUGGCAGCAUAAGUGGGAAUAAUAAACAUUAAAUAUGAACGUAUGGACCUUUCAAGUUUCAGUUACAAGAAACGUCUCUAACAAGAACUAUUUUUUAUUUCUUGUUUUACUUUUUCCAUGAAUACAUUUCUUUGUAAAUGAAGAUUCAAAGUCAGUUUAUAUUCUGUUUAUUUCAUGUUCCUAAUUCACUAAUUUUAUUUUUGUAAUACACAUAUACAUAUAAAUUAUGGAUGUCCGAUAAUUAUCUGUCACAUUUUUUUCCCCAUCAUGAAAACCGAUAUUAAAAAAAUGUUACACAUAUCGGUAUCGGCUGGUAUCGGUAUCGGAAAUUGAUAUUUGUACAAUAUCAGCAUAUUGGUUUUUGUCAAAAAAGCCAAUAUCGGACAUCCCUAAUGCAUUUAAUGCAUAAAUAGUGAAUUUUUUUUCCUGAAUGUGCUUCAUGUAUUUUGGAAUAAAACUUUGCCAUUCA